AUGAUUGAACUUCCUCAUGUUGCUGGUUUGAAGCAGAUUCAUCCAUUCGAAACAACUCCAACAUCAAUGAUGAUAUCAAGCAAAAACGAGGUUAUGUUUUUUUACUCAGGAUUUCAAUAUUUCAAUGUUUUUUCAAUCGAACCAUUCCAAGAGAAGAUCAGAUUCUUCACAUCGACAUCAAUGGACUCAACAUGCAUUGAUGUACGAUACAUGGAUGCUACUGAUUCAUUCACAAUUACACAAUUAAACACGAAUUCGAAACAAUAUAAUAUUUUAUAUGUAACAAAUUGGAGAAAUGGAACUAAGUCAGCAUUUCUCCCAAAGUUACCAUACGUACCUGCGAAUUGGGAAUUUAUGGAACCUUUCGCGAAUAAUUUAAGUGCUUAUUUAAUCGGUCAAUUUCAAAGCGACGUCGAGCCAAUUGUUGAAAUUAGCGGUAAUUCUACAAUUCUCUGCACAUCGAGUACUUUCCUUAUCUGGGAUUUUGAAGAUCGUCCUGUUUUUCGAUGUGCUGUCUUAAUGCCACGCUUUGAUAGACGUCCGUUAUUCUGCUUCCAAGGAAAUACGAUUGCUCUCUCUGUUUCCGAUAGAAUUUUCAUUAUUAGACUCGAACAAGAUUCAAGAAAUUCAAAUACUACGCCAUUUACACCGGGAACGAAGUGUUUUGAGCUUGGAGAAAGACUUGAUAUCGACUUUGGACUCACAGAUGAAGGUGCAAAUGCACUCUUUUUAGUCAGAUCAUUACCAAAUAAGAAAUACAUCGCCAAAACAGUAUUUAACAUAUGCUUACCAGCUGAACUCAUAUCAGUUAAAGCAUUAUCAGAGAAAUCUUUCGUAUUUUUAACAAAACAUCCAGUAAUUCAAACCGAAAAUCCCGUAAUUUUACUUACACAACGCGACGACAAGUUUAUUCUCGAGCAAUUUACAGAACCAUGUCCAUGCACCUCAAUAGAUGCUAACAGGGACUUCGUAGUACUCAGUGGAGAAUCAAAUGUAAGAUUUAUUCCAAAUCCUGAGCGAAACAACGAGCAUUUCGACGAAGGUAUCGUAACGGCACUAGACGAGUCCAGGUUCUUCGGUCUAAAGUGCGUAUGUACUAACAAUGACUAUUGUGCUUUACUUUCUUGUACAAACGAUAAAAGUGACCAGAAAAGUGACAUCAGAAUUCUGAAAUUUGACGAUCCGAUCGCUGUAGGCCUUGCCGCACUUAAGAGUCCACAGCUGAAAGACAAAAAAGCUGCUAUAAGGCUUAUGGGUGCUGCUGCGCCGGAAUUCGCAAGAGCUGCGUUAGAUAUCGGAAAUCAGCUCUUGGCAGCGAAGGAUCGGAAUGUAGAAGCGGUAAGAUACCUUGUAACAUCGUUUAAUGUUAAGGACGCACUGUCGAAAGAGGAAAGAAGCUCGGUUAUUUCGUCAAUUAAGAAAUUGCCAUCGAAUUCAACCGCAAGAAGAGAGUUCUUGAGAUUUGCGAAGUUCAAUCCGUCCGAGAUUGACGAUGAGAUUUGUAAAAUGCUCCAAGAAGACAGUUAUUCCUUAUUCGCCAGAAAAUUGAUGGAAGCAGGUAAAUUUGAUAUCAAUGUUGACGAGAGAAUAUGUCCAGAAGCAGAACUCUAUAACGCUGUAUCUCUAUCUUUGAAGAAUCAACACGAAAAGGCCAAAAAUUCUUUGGUAAAAAUUGCAAAAAGUGACAACUUGAAAAAUUUGCCAGAUUUGAUAUUAGAACAGAUUUCGAAGGAUAUUCCACCACCCAUUAUUGUUAUGAUGGGAAGGACAGACUUAGAAUGUGAUUCUUGGUCGAAAGAUGAAAUUAUUUGUUCAUCAAAAUUUUAUAACGAUGAUUUAGAUUUUUGCAUUAAUUAUGUUAUAGAAAAGGAUGAUUCUGAAAGAUGGCAUUACAACGAAUGGCCCAAGAAGCCUUUGUUAUGCCAAUGGGCCGGAGAUAUCAAAUCUCAGUUUAUUUCUGGCUGCGCUGUCCACAAAGAAAUUCAUUUAUCAAAUGAAAAGUAUUCGUGGGCGGUAGAUGCAGUCAACUUUGCCAAAAAGAAGCAGUUUGGAGAAGGAUUAAAAGUUAUUAGUCCAAAUGCAAACAAAUUGAAUUACAUUAGGAUGUUUGCGAAGACUGCUUUGGACUGGACAUUGGUUGCUGAUCAAUCAAAUGACCAAUUAAUCAAAGAAAUCGCUCUUCACGAGUUUAUUCUUUUAUCUCCAAGGAAUGAAUAUAGUGAAGCUCUUAAAAAGGUUUCUAAUAGCGAAAUAUCGGAGAUUGCGAACAAAAUGCGUGAAGCAGACAACGAGCUCUUGAAAGCUCUUGUUAUUCUUGUUGAUGAUAAAUAA